AUGUCUGAGGCUAUCCAGAUCUUGUGCGGGGUGAUAGUGUUGGGUUUUGGAAUCAUUUUGGCAUCUGCUCCCUCCUCUCCAUCGUUUUCCCCAGUGCUUUCCAUCCUUUUGAAGGCUGCUUACCCGUUUGUGGGAGCCUUGUGUUUUGUCAUUUCUGGAACUCUGUCAGUCAUCAUGGAGAAGAAGUCAACUAAGACUUUGGUUCAGAGAAGUGUGGCUGCAAACAUUCUGAGUUCUCUAUGUGCUCUAGUGGGUUUUAUUCUCCUCUCUGUAACCUUGGCUGUUUUGGAUCCUGCUGUUCAGAAGUGUAUCUUUAACAUUGAGAACAGAGAACCUGAAGAGAUUACAUCUCACUAUUAUGUUGAAACAAUUAUUGACAAAGAAUGCUUCACGGCCAAAAUCGCUCUGACUGGAACUCUGUCUGUGAUGCUGAUUUACACGGUGCUGGAGUUCUGCGUGGCCAUGCUCACUGCUGUGGUUUUGUGGAAAGAGGCUCACUCUGACUUCCUGGGGAGUGUGCUUUUCCUGACUCAGAGUUACAAGAAUAAAUCCAGCACAACCCCAAAGGCAUGUCAUGACCCUGGAUAUGAAGAACUAGUGACCUCUUAAGGGAAAUACUCAUCAGAAAUUUGGUUCUAUGAUAAUAUAUGAAGACCAGCCAGAGAAACUCAAGAAAGCAAAGUUUGAAUUCCUUGAAAUGUAGGAUUUAUGCAAUGGACA